CUGCCCAGAAUAAAAAUGGGCCGGGAAUUCGGUUAAAAGUGUGUGUGUGACGAUUAAUAUUUACCUCUCCUCUUUCCCUCUCCUCGCCUCCUCUUUCCGCCCAGACUCAACCCCCCAGGAUGUCCUCAAAGCUCCCCGCGGCGGGCAAAGCCACAAGACAAUUCCGUAUCCUCGCGCUCCCCCUCGCACGUCUCCCCCGCCCACCACCACCCUCCAGGACGCUCCCGACCACCCCUCCCCCCUCCCUCGAAUCCGCCUCCUCCUCCCACACCACCCCUCCAACCCCGCUCAUCCUCUUCCACGCCCUCCAGCCUGAACCAUCCGCCGACUCGCCCCCGUCACUUAUCACAAAAGCGCUCGACAAGAGCUCCGAGACGUGGUUGAAGCUUGGCGAGAAGCCAAAGGGCAGCUGGAUGUAUUGGUUCUAUGAAAAGGGCGAAAAGUUGAUGGAUAGGAUAGAGUAUGAGGAAUGGGCACUCAAGGCGGUUAGAGAAGGCGAGGGCGUAAAGGUGGCCAAGGACGGGCAAGUGCUCGAGCGUAUCGAGAUACCGUUGGUGCUGCCUAGACUUCCCAACCAAGAGAUGCCGAGCCUGCUUCCCAAACUGCACCGUUUCCUCCUCAAGCGGAUACCGCACCAUAGAAAGAUGAUGUACCGCUCCAUCCUCUUCUCGCCCGUCACAUGGCCCUUUGCAAUCAUCCCCAUCAUCCCCAACUUCCCCUUAUUCUACGUCCUCUGGCGCGCGUGGUCACACUACAAGGCGUGGAGGGGUGCUACCUAUCUUGAACAACUUAUCAAGGCCGGUCUGGUGGUAGAGAAGGAAUGUCCCGAGUUGACCGAGAUUUACGCUGGGAAAGGCCGUGAACCUUUGGCCGCUACCGCCGCCUUGACCGAUCCGUCAGGCAAGGUCAAGGCAGGUACAACGGCCCAACCUUUUCCGCCUCCCGCACCGGGACCUAUCACCUCACAGGCUCAACACCCAUCGCUCCUCCUCUCGCCUAGCCAGAUCCCAUUGCUGGCAAAGACUUUUGCGCUGAAAGCGAAUGAAGUGGUGGAUGUGACCAGGGCGGUGGAGCAGGCUGAUUUCAGGGCGAGAAAGACUGAUCAAGUGGAAGCCAAGGAAGCGCAGGAGAAGGAAAAGGCCAGGGAAGAAAAGGAAAAGGAAAAAGAAGAAGAAAAGGUGUAGUGUUCUGUAUAGCAUAGAUUCCGAGAAUAUAUAUAAACCCCAUGCAUUCGAAAACCAUCAUUCA